GCACUAAUCCAGAAGAAAGAGAGAGAAAUAGAAGAUUGACGCGAGUCGGUAGCCAAUUCCCCCAAUCUGUGGCAAACCCUCGUGUUUGGGAUGGCGGCCUCUUCUUCAUCUCUCUCUUCCUCAGACGACUCUUCUUCUCACCGUCGCAGGCGUCACCACCGCAAUCGCCGAGACCGUGAAAAGGACUCUCUCAAGAUCCGAAAGAAGACGAAAUCCCAAUUCCGCGGAAAACGACGCCGUAGGCAUCACCGUCACUCUUCCCAUUCUGAUUCCUAUUCCGAUUCCUAUUCUUCAUCCUCAGUCUCUGAUUACUCCAGAAGUGAGAGUUCUUCCGAUAGUGAGCAUGAAACAUCUCACCGUUCAAAGAGGCACAAAAAGAGCGACAAACCAAAGAAGAAUAAGGAAAAGGAUCGGAGUAAAAGCCACCGCCAGAAGCGGCAGAAGCAUAAAGUAAAAGAGAAGCAGCAUGAUGAGAGGACCGGCAGCCCUGUGCAGCUUUCCAAGUUUUUAGGGCGUGACAAAGAGGAUGGUGUACGCCGCAGUGCUGUCUCUGGCAAGAAGAUUCUUCUGAAACUUGAUAAAACAAAGGAAGAUAAGGUGGCUGAAAGCAAGAGAAAUGAACUGUUGAACUUUUUAAAUGCUAGUUUUGAUUAGCAUUGAGGAG